AUGAAACUAUUUGAAUUUCCAGAAAAAAACCUAUCCACCGAAAAUGAUAUAUACUACGUUGAGAAAAUUCUUUCAAAGCGUAUACGUGGAGGUAUUAAAGAAUAUCUGAUCAAAUGGGAGGGAUAUGAUGUUAAAGAGGCAACCUGGGAAGCCGAAAGCGAUUGUUAUUGUGCAGAUUUGAUAGAAGAGUAUGAAGAAAGCCAAGGAUCAAAAAAAUAA